GUUAGAAGACUGUCACAGCUGCCUCACAGCGCCAGCAGCGGUUCCCAGAAACCUGUGGAGUACUCAAAGCUGACGGAGCACCAAGAGCCGAGCUCAUCCAAGUGACCCACCAGAGGACUGCAGGCGCGUGUCAAAAUGAAGUUGAUCCUCCAGUCCGUCCUCUUUUGCUGUCUGUUGUCCACAGUAGCACAUUGUGUAGAACUAAAACUGAACCCACAGUUGAGAAAAAGGCUGAGUGUGUGGAUGGAGAAUAGACAGCGACGGGAUCUCAACAGUGUGUCUGCAGACAAGAAAGCAGAGUCUGAACAGUUUGUCAGACCAGAGGACAUCAGGGAUAAGCUGACUCCAUAUUCCAGUGCUGACAUCAGUGUCCGAACCAAGAGGUCCAAAAACUCAGUCAACCAGUCAAGAAGACCUGGCUGCUCCUUGGGGACCUGCACAGUGCACGAUCUGGCUCACCGCCUCCACCAGCUCAACAACAAGCUGAAGAUUGGAAGCGCCCCCAUCGAGAAGAUCAGCCCACAGGGAUAUGGCCGCCGGCGCCGGUCUCUCCCAGAGCGCAGAGCCACACUGCUGCUUGAGCAGGGCAGGCUGAGGACCGUGUGGACCAGCACUGACUCUCAAGUUCACAUGCUGGAAUCUCUCCUCAGACGGACAUGAGCAGGGAUUUUUCUGGGAGUGAGGAGAUAGGGAACCAAAAAAGGGGAGCGAGCCGCUCAGGCUGAGUGUCCACUCUGUUCUAAUAUUCUCCAAAUGCCUCAAAUUCAUGCCAUGAGCUCUCCAGCACAGUUUUAUUUUCCAAGGCAAGAGGACUGAGUCAGAACGAGAUUGGUUGCACUUUCUUCUGGACGCUGGACUAUAAAAACAGCUUGGCGAUGCAGAAUGUGCAAACAACUGCAGCUGGCCCACAGGCACUGGAUGGCACAGCAUGGAGCGACCACAGAUGCUGCUCUCUCUGCCUGGCAGAGGGAAAAGGACAAUGUUAAUCACCUGGCAAAGUGAAGACACCACUGGCAGAAAGAGGGAAUUUCUCCUAAAAAUACUCGGACUAUACCCGUUGGUCCCUCAAUGCCAGCCAGGACUUUGAUAAGUUCUAUCGUCUGAGGAUUCUACGAUCAUAUUCCAUUAAACUCUCAGUACUUCUCUGCACUUUUCCAUUUGGACUUAAAGUCAAAUAAAUCAUCAGGAAAAGACAUCUUAACCACAAUGCCAAACAGGAAGAUAGAACAUAUAUGUAUGUAUGCACAUAUAUGUAUAUAUAUAUAUAUAGUGCAUAUGUUACAGAGCUAUGAAGCUUUCAAUGGAAAAGCAAGUUUUUUUGGACACUGUAUAAGGGAAAAAUGCCUUAGAUUCUGUGAGAUAUGUGCCAGUCCACAAUGGACUGAAAUAUACUUGAAAUUUAUGUUGUUUGUAUAAACACAAGUGCAAUCUAUAUUUGUAUGUUUUUAUUGCAAGUAUAUGUAUAUUUGUUUAAAUCUGUUGAAUCUCAUUAUUUAAAUAUUAUAUAGAGGUUACAUUAAACUACUUAUGCAGAUAGAAUUAUUUUUGUACAGGAAGAAAUAUACAAGGGCAUUGUAGCUAUUAUUUGUUAUUUCCACUAUCCUUUCGCAAGCUGUGGUAAUAGGACAUCUGUUUUAUAGGUAUGUUAUAUAAUAUAUUUGUAAAUGUGGUCUAUUUUAUUUGUGUUAAAGCAAUAAACGUUGUCAUACAAUAAACCUUUUGCAUACAAAGAGAAAAAA